AUGGCGGCGGCGGCGGCGGCUCGCGGGCUGGCGGUGGCGGCGGCGUGCGGGGCCCGCGCGCUCAGGGGCGGCUGCUGCCGGCGGCUCCGGGCGGCCCCGGGCCGGGCCCUCAGCGCGGGGGCCCCGCAGCAGGGCGGGGGGGUGGGGCUGACCGAGGCGCUGCUGCAGGACAAGCUACGGCAGCACCAGCAGUCAACAGAGGGAGGAGAUGGGAAAGGCUCCAGUUCUGAUGAGCAGCAGGAGAAGAAACGGAAGGAAAAUACAGCCUAUGCCAAGAAAAUGGUGCUCCGGAUAGCAGGGCUAAUGGGAGCUGGUAGUGGGAUAGCAGUUAUCUAUAUUUUUGGUAGUAAUUCAGUGGACGAGCAAGGGGCUAAGAUCCCAGACGAAUUUGAUAAUGAUCCAGUGGUGGUUCAGCAGCUCCGAAGGACGUAUAAAUAUUUCAAAGACUAUAGGCAGAUGAUUAUAGAGCCCACCAGCCCGAAGCUGCUUCCAGACCCCCUGAAAGAACCAUACUACCAGCCUCCCUACACCCUGGUCAUCGAGCUGACAGAUGUUUUGCUCCAUCCCGAGUGGUCGCUAGUAACUGGCUGGCGCUUUAAGAAGAGACCGGGCAUCGACAGUCUGUUUCAGCAACUGGCGCCGCACUAUGAAAUAGUCAUCUUUACGUCGGAGACGGGCAUGACGGCAUUCCCCCUUAUUGACAGCGUGGACCCUCAUGGAUUCAUCUCCUAUCGGCUUUUCCGAGAUGCCACCCGUUACAUGGAUGGACACCACGUUAAGGAUAUUUCCUGCCUGAACAGAGACCCCGCCAAGGUGGUGGUGGUGGACUGCAAGAAGGAGGCAUUCCGCCUGCAGCCCUUCAACGGCAUGGCGCUGAAGAAAUGGGACGGCAGCUCCGACGACAGGACGCUCUUCGACCUCGCCGCCUUCCUGAAGACUAUUGCCUUGAGCGGGGUCGAGGAUGUCAGGACGGUGCUGGAGAACUACUCGAUGGAGGACGACCCGCUGGAAGCGUUCAAACGCAGGCAGUCUCAGCUGGAGCAGGAGGAACAGCAGUGGCUCGCCGACCUGUCCAAGAACAAGAAGCAGCAGCUUUUCCUGGGCUCCCUGGCAAGCCGGCUAUGGCCUCGGUCCAAGCAACAGUGACUCUCUCCUGUGCAGCCCCACCCGCUUGUGGACCAUCAGAGCAGCGUGGUCUGGGGGGGUGAGGUUCCAGCAAUGGCGUCCCAUCUACAAGGCCUGCAGAACUGCCUUCAGACGUAGCCCUUUCCAGACCCCCUCUGCGGGGUGGAGAGCCGGCCGGCAGAGAUUCCCACACCGGCUCUACGGUGGCCUAGUGGGGCCUGUGUGUCUACAGAGAAAUGGACUUACCUCAGUACAAAUAAAAGGAGGGUGGGGAGGGUCAGUCCCUAAUUAGCUUCUAGAUCUCACCCCCCUCUGUAUCGUGUUUCCUUCAGACGAGAGAGAGGACCGUGCUGCUCCUGUUGGCGUGUAUGAAACCCAUGGUACGCACGCCUCAAAUAAAGGGUCAUCUUUCUA